GUUGUUGUUGCUGUUGUUGUUGUUAUUAUUAUUAUUAUUCUUAUUCUUAUUCUAUCCAUCCAAAACGGAGGUGUGUUACUGUAUUUUCAUAUUCUCUGUGACCCGUGGGACGUGAAAAUACGCCGUUUACCAAGGUGGUGUAGAUCGACGAAUUAUGUCAGUGUUUAGCAAUAGUGACGACAGAAUUCUCCUCGAGGAAAUCGUUGAAGCGGUAGACGAACAGGAAGCCGAACUCUGCAGCAGCAGCGAGGGGGCGGACGAGGGAUCGGUAGCGACGAACGUGAUUGUCGGGGACCAUCCCGACCUCCAGGAAUCCAACGACGGACAGGUUAUAAACAGUCUAAACGGUCACAACGGGAACGGCGUCGUUGGUCGAACUACGCCAAGAAGCCACAUGGAGCAAGAGAAGAGAAUGAGGCGUGAAAUCGCCAACAGCAACGAGCGACGACGAAUGCAGAGUAUCAACGCAGGAUUUCAAUCCCUCAGGACGCUUCUUCCCCAUCACGAAGGCGAGAAACUCUCCAAGGCGGCGAUAUUGCAGCAAACGGCCGAAUACAUUUAUCAGUUGGAGCAGGAGAAGACGCAGCUGUUAUCGCAAAAUUGUCAACUCAAGCGAUUGGUGAACCAGCAUGAAGGAGGCGAUGUACCAAUCAAAAAACGCAAGGCCGACAACCAAGCAGUCGUUGUUAGCUUACCAAUGCAUGUUAACGAGAGCGGGGAUGAAGGAUUAGGGAGUAUGUCUCCUGAGCCAUUAUCUGUAAUUACUGUCUCUGCGGAUGCACAUUCGGUAUCAAGCAGUGACGUUUCCGAGCUGAGACGACAGUUGGAAAGAGAACGUCGUGCGAGGGUACGCGUCGAGGAACAGAUGAGGGCUCUUCAAAGUCAAAUUUAUCCUGAAAGAUUUAGGGAUAAUCAACUUAUCGCUUAUCAACCACACGAGGUGAUCGAGCAUACUGACAACGUGAUGGCCCAAGAAACUGAGGAAGCAGUUGCCUCGUUACAAGUUGUAUCUGUGGUCGCUCUACCUCCCGUAGGUUCGACGCAAACUGUCGAAACGACGACCCCAGAUCCCAGUCCAUCCCCAUCCCCACUUCCAGAAAUGGUACCAGAUGAAAUAAAAGAGGAAGUGUCUCGCCCCACCACUCCUAAGAUUGGUAGCUUUUCUCAGAAUCAGGUAUUCUCCACGCCUACCAAACAAAAACUUGGAUCGUUCUCACCAACACAUGUGCCGUACUCGACGGCUCCAAUUGAAUUCAAAAACGUUCCUUCUCAGUUUAUACCCACAAGUCCGACAAGACCAUUUUCCCCACCUGUUGAACCGCAGCGAUUACCCAGCGUCCUCGAAGCUGCAAUGAAAGCAGAACCCAAAGUUGAGGUUGAAAGGUUGCCCUCGCCAGCAAACUCGUUAGACGAUGGUACGCCACAAGCAAGGCUAUACCUUGCUAAUACGUCACGCCAAAACCUGGAAACCAUUGUCGAAGCGAUACGCCACUUAGAAGGUGAUCACUUGUUCAGCGAUGAACCAGCACAGGAUGUACCAUUAGCUCUUACAAACAAACCAACUGUGGCACCAGCGACAACGACUAAACGGUUGCUACAUGCAGAAAUGAACAACUUCCUUCAGUUUCAUUCUCAACAGCAAGCCCAGCAACGACCUGGUGUUAUUGUUGUCAAACAUUCGUGAUCGUCCAUCACGCCACGCUCAAAACAUUAAUACCUACGAUCCCAGUACAUUGACUUUACUUAAAAAUUUGCAGAUAACUUCUUCGAUAUUUUGUUGCAAUUUCUUUUCUUUUUUUUAUCAUUUACUCGACUCUUUAAUACGCAAUUUUCAACGGCCUUCUGUUUGUAGUAAAGUUUAUUCUGUUUUUCAACAAAUCAUGUAACAAAGAUUCAAUAGAAAUCUAAUUUCUAUAAUUCCUAAUUUUCGUGUGAAAAGGGCAUUUCAAACAAAAACUUUUCUUACUUUUCGAUAGCGGUAGAUUCGCCAAGCGAAUUGAUAAAUCAUGACUCGUGAACAUGUCUUUAAACUCGCUACAGUAUUGCAAGUAUAUCAUAGAUUUGCGAGUAUGUAGGAUGUGGGUCAAAGUUUAUUAAUUUGAUGACAUAAGAACACCUGAAUUUCCUGACCAAGUUCAAAUAAUUACUAUUAUAUAAGAAUGGUCGCUCAAAGAAUUUCUAGAUUCUUUAAAAAGUGGUCCAAAUACUGCGAUUUGAUGUUUUAUAUACAAUUGUUGAAAAAUGUAAGAUUUUCACGCCUACAUUUUAUACGACUAGGAAACUGGAUUAUAACUGUUAAAUUAUCAUGUGAAUGAGAAACCUGACACAAAAAUUAGUCAAUCUUACAUGAUCUUGAAUUCAGUUUUCACUACCCAUUGAACAAUGUUUAUAUAAAAUGAGACAUCGACGUUAUAAUUGAUGUCAAGUAUUCACUAUCGGUUACACACGGUUGUUUGUUAUGAUCUAAACAAAUCCAUUGCAAAUUUUGAUGUUCAACUAAAGUUGAUGUGCACUAUACGACAUUGAUCUUCAAAAUUCUGCUACUAUACUACAAUCUUCGAAGAUGUUUCUUGAAAAAGUUUAUUCAGACGCAGCAUGUGACCAUUUCCGUUAAUUAUUAUCCUUUCGUUUUUUGUUUUGAUACAUAGAACGUUGAUUAUUGCAAUUACGGAGUCAAAGUAAAUCAUUUUGUAUUUAUUAUCAUUAUAUAUACACCCCUAAAAAAUCGUAUAUAAUCGAACUUUCUUGUAAAUACAUCCGAUUUUUCUAUAUAUUCUACGAAUUAACAAAGAACACUCACCUGUUCUGAAUCUCGCUCGAUGGACAAUUGUUUUUAUGUUUUCACAGAUCGAGUAAGUGUUUUUCUCCAGUAAGGUAGGCUUAAGAUUAACAUUAUUAUAACAAUAAUAUUCCUAAUUCUUAAAAGUACGCUGUAUUAUAAGAUUUACGUUUUUUUACGUUGUUACAGAAAACUGAUGAUAAAAAAUACGUUUCUCAAUGUUUUUAGUCAUUGUUGAAAACCACAAAAAAAAUAAUAAUAAUUAAAAAAAAUCAAAAUAUUCAUACUUAAUAUUUGACACACAUUAAGAUGUAAUAAAAGUAUGUAGUGCAUAUAAACGGUUGCGAUUCGUUUUUCUGGCAUUCAGAUUCGCACCAUGAUGGAAUUUCAUUGAAUUUUGUUUAAUCUGUGCCAAAUAUCGAGUACCGAGACUUUUGUUCCUUUGUAAACAUGUAGCUCUAGAGUUAGAAUGACAGAGUCAGUCAGUGAUUGGAAUCACUGCUAUGAUAUUAAUUCUACCUCGUAACAUGUAGACACAGGUAGGACCACACCUAUCCAGGUAUGUUUUGAGUAUGAUAAACCGAUAAAUGAUUUAUUGUCAAAAAAUAUUCUUGUUCAAAUCAGUUUUUUGAAAUAUCAAUUGGAAAACGGUGUACCACCUUAGUUUCUUACAAACUUUACGCCCUCUGAAAAGGUUCAGAGUAUCCAUAGACUGACUGACUGACCAAUGGGAGCCCUGGUAUGUAAAUUUUUUUUGUUUCGUGUCUCUCUGUUAUGUUACUUUUAUAUUAUUAAUAAUAAUUCAUACCCAAUUAUGAUGGACAUUUGCAGUUAUCAUCAUCAUCAUUAUUACUAUUAUUAUCAUUAUUAUUAUUACUAUUAUUUUCACUUUUAUUAUCAUUAUUAUUAUUAUUUUCUACAAUGGAUAUUGAGUAAUGAACGAUAUGAUCAAUAAUAUUAAGAAUAGUGUAUGAAAAUAAUAUCUACAAUAUGAUAAACAGAACUAAGAAUAAGUAAUCGAGUAACUUUUUAGGAAAGUAGGUCAGUAGGAAUUGUUUAAUUCGUACACGGUGAAAAUCUAAUGAUACUAUCAUCAUUAUGAGCAGAAAGAAUAAUUACAGUUAUAAAAAAAAUGAUUAAUAUUAUGUAUUAAUAUUAAAUGUGACACUACUCUGUAACUGUAUUGUACUGUAUGUAUAUAAAUUAGCAAUGUUGUAUACGUGACACGCGUGAUCCUAGGUACUACGAUACUCUAAGAAGAGUAAUAUAACUAUGUUGUAUUGCAUGAGUUAUUCAAUACGUAGCAUUAGUGGUUACUACAAGUGAAAUAAAAGAAUGGGCCUGACGUGUAUUAGUUUGAUUGCAUUUAACGAGCUUACUCGCGUGAAAAGUGUGUUGUUCCUGAACAGUAUAUUUCGAAACCAUGUUCUCUAGAUGUUUGUCUAGUAUAUCACCGUUCAAAGAACAUCAAGUAUCUUUGCUUGUUGUAAUAAUGAAACCGAGAGAUAUUAUUUUGCUCAUUGUGCAGGUGAGCUUACAUCAUGCAAUCAUUUAAUAACUCGUACAUCUGCAUUGCUCGAUUCAACAUUUGUUGCUCUAUGCUACGUACGGGAAAAACUUGUAAGAUUGUUAAGUCCAAUUACCUGCAUAACAUAAAAUCGGAUUAUUCGCAUUUAUACAGGGUGGUUCCAGGAAAACCGUUUAAAAACCUUACAAGGUUUUCUAUGAAACAGCCAGGGCCUUUUAGGUAAUUUGGAAUAAUAUUAUUCACACGAAAUGUCCUAGGCAGAGUGUGACGAUGAGAUUUUAUUCGAUUUUUCAAGACUACUCUAUGUGGAAUAUUUACAUCAUAAAUAAAUUUAAAUGUUUACAAUUGAAUGAAUCUGGUCUAAAGACUUCAGAGUUUGGAGAUGUAAACUUGCUUUUCAAAAUUAUAAUAACAACUCUUUGGGAAACUUCAAAUUUUCCACAAUUCUUUUAUUACUAGAGACGAAAUAUAUUUCUUAUCGAUAGCUUUCUCAAAAAGAAUGGAAAGUAUUAUAACUUGAAGUUGUCUGACUCUGGCCAGUUUAUAAAUGAUGCCCAAGUCAACCAAAUUUUUUUACUCACUGGGAACUUAAACGAUUCUAUGGAAUGUUCUGUAUAACGAGUAUUCAAGUACACACCGAAUACAUGGGUGAAUACACACAUAUGAUGAAAAACACGCAAAGACCUUCGUGCGUGCUUCUGUAUAUGUCUUUAACAAGAGCACGCAUCUAUAGGCAUACACUAUUCGUACACAAUUUAUAUUUAAAGAUAAUCUGAAAUAACUUUGAGACUUAGUGCGUGCAUGACCACAAUGUUUUUUGUCAUUCUACCACUCACAAGAUUACUUCGAUGUGUAUUCCAAGUGUGCGUAGGCUUAGCAACUAAAUUUCUAGUGAAUGUAUUAGAUUAUUUAUUAAAUUCUAUUCGUUAUAUAAAUUGGAGGGUAAGCAGAUACCAAAUUGCAAUAAUUUUUAAUAAUUAGGCACAGUUUUGAUUCAUGACUUUUCUACAUCUGAAUUAUAUUACUAGAUCAUUUUCGAGUAUUCAGAUUAGCGUAUGCACAUUAGUAUUAUGCAAUCGUACCAACUCUACACCUGCAGCGGGUCAGAUAGGCAUUAACUUCAUCCCACCUAGCAUAUACGUACGGAGAAGACUUCCGGAGUUCAAAAAUGAAUACAAUGCAGGACAUGAUUAAACCAAUAACUUGUCACGAAAUGAAAACAGUAACAUCCUCAGAGAAAAUUUGUAUAGAAACGAGUUACUGAACUCUAAACAUUGAAAUCUAAGUUUCCAGAGUAUGGAAUGCUUUAUUGUUGUAACAAUCUUCAACCCAAUUUAUACUACCAUGGUGGAAAAAUGUGUCGAGUUUGAGAACAAUUGAAAAUAAUAAUUUUCAGGAUUUGAAUUUUUCUCGGAAUUUACAAAUGAGGUUGCUGUUUUUUUAAUUUUCAACAAUGUUGAUAAUUUCCUAUAUUAUACACGCAUUUAUUCAGACUUAUGUUGCCGUUGGCUAAGUGACCAGAAGCAUUGAUACCGGCGCUUCUACUCCGAUAGUCUUUUAAUAGAACCAAGAAGUGAGUGAAUACAUCAAAAUAGCUUCCAACUUUUUUUCAUCUACUAUUUUUCAUAUAUUUUGAUAGAGUCAUCAAACUUAUUCAAUUCUAUUAAUCUUAGCUUUCAAAAAUAGAAUCUAAUUAUUUCAUUAAGGAUUGGAUUAGUGAUAUCCAAUAAAUAUUCAUAUGGAGAUGAGUCGAUUUUAAUAACGUUUUCAUGGCUGAGUAUUUUUAACACAGCUUAAAAUCUUUGCAAAUGAUAUGCCAGCAAUAUAGAGCAAUUCUUUAAAAUUCACAAAAAUUGCAGUGCAUCUGGUAUAGUUGGUAGUAGAUGUGACAUUAAAUCUAAUAGCAUUAUCUCACUUCUUGUUGAACGAAUUAUCAUAGGAUAUGACCUGCAGGGCAUAGCUGGGUAGUAAUCAUUACCAUUAAUCAAUCAUCAUUGAAUUCUCAAAGUAUAUUAGACAAGUGGAUUAGGCUGUGCAGAUUACGAGUGAACGAUUACGAAAUUAACAUUAAGUGUAGAUAAUUUCGAACUUUGUAGCGAUUGGCGACUGACAAGGUGAAUUUCCUUACAAGAGGUGAAAUUUUCCAUCUGAAAUACGGCUCUUUCUACUGAUUCAACAUUUUUGUUGAAAUAUUAUGUCAGUAUCUAAUACCACGUUUACAUCAUGAGAAUACUUUGUUCAUUUGAUGUAAUACUUAAUUGAAAAUUGUAAUUAAGAACACUGUGUUGCAGCAUGCUCGGUAUUAUAUUGUUGUAUCAUGACCUGCAAUAUUCAGUCGCUGAUAGCUAGGAUUUAGUAUAAAUGAUGGAGAGGAAAUGGGUUCCAGUUUGAAAACAGGAACAGAACUGAGUAGUAUUUAAUAUGGGCGAGUUAAGCAUGGAGAAAAGUGAAUAUAUUAUAGUACUGUGAAAAUGUGUAAACUGUUUGAAAAACAUUUUUUUUAUUCUACAAUCAGUGCAGACUAUAGUUGAUAUGAAAAUGAUACCCGGUUACUAAUGUGAAACGUUAGCGGUAGUAGACAGUUUUCUCUUACUUUAGGAUAGGAUGGCAGUUGACAAUUAUUUCCAAUUUUCGAUGUGAUGAUUACUUUUUUUCAAUUGAGAUUACUUGGCAUUUGUAAGAUCCAAUUUUUAUACCAUAUAAAGCAUAGCAUGUACAUCCUACAAAUUUUUAGUAAACUAUGUACUGCAUUUUGAUCCACUUUGAAUCAUCAUUCAAAAUCCAGUAAACAUUAUCGUAAUUGUAGAAAAAGGAAAAUCGGUAAACUAGUGAUCAUUUGCAAAUACAUGACCAAACUUUCAUCCAAACCUGGAGUAAAGAAAAUCAGGCUAUAAUUUAUAUUAUAGCAAUGAACUGGUGUUUGCGGGCAUAUAUAAAGUAAAAUAAAAAGUUCCUCACUCAUACUGCGUUUACAUCGUACGUGUGAAAAUGGUUAAUCGCGAAUACUUUUAAGCCAUGAUUGAUUGUACUUCGUAAACACAGUUACCACAGAACAGACUGCCACUGACUUUGAUUGUAAACGUUUGUAGUUAAUAUACAUAAACAAACAUCUAAUUACGCAAGUUUCCACUACAUGUACAGAAGCUCAUAGUCACUUUAAUAAUGGUAACGUAGGUAUAUCGUUACAUUGCUUUGAAAUUAAUCAAAAUUCGUACCGUACGCAUAGGUAUACAUGCUGAUUACAUGGAUAUUACAUGAAAUAAAUGAAAGACGUAUAGUAGCAACAAUUUUUUUGGUUUUCUGUUCAACACUCAAUUCGUACCCAUUAACCUAUUGAAUAAUUAACUGAAAAGGGUAAUAUCGAGACAGUGCAUGGUAGUUUUGAGUAUAAUCUGGGAGCCACAGUUGUAUCGUGAGAUUAUGUAUAACAAACUGUUCAUGAAUGAUUCAAUUUAACGAUUCGAAAUGCACUCUCUCGAUUCAUGCAACAUGAAUAUGUAUAAAAGAAAAUAAUUAAAAAAAAAAAAAACAUAAAUCUCUGUGAUGUAUUUAUAACUUCAUUAUAUUCUGACGAUUAUUAUUUACUGGUUAAUAUUUACUGAUAUAUUACUAUGAUGAUUAAUAACAUUAACAUAUGAUGUAUUCAUAGUUGUCAUUAUUACUUAAAAUAUUACAUACACAUGUCACGUUAUCUCUUUGCUAUAAUAUCGUCUAUUCCAUGAAGAUUGUGAGAAAAUUUUAAUCUAGGGUAAACCUAGGGUGACUGUCGUAUAUCUACUGACAAUUGUCACCUUUGUCAGUCAUUACAGCAUAAAUAAUUU